AUAAAUAGUCUCAAUAAUCUAACACACAUAAUAUAACUACAUACGAAGAAUGAAUGUACUUUCGUCAAUUAUUUGCCCAACCUAGUUUUGCUCACAUCACUGUCUAUGUAAAGACAUCUUUUUCCUGAAAACAAACCAUUUUUCUGAAAACCCAUAAAUAUGAUAGAAAGAUAAACAACAUCACAGAGUUGUCCUUUCAAUUAGUCCAAAAGCACCCACAAAUUAAAAUCAGUCAAUUUUGCCGGUUUAUUUUACCCGUUAACCCGGUACUCUUUCAUUUGAUCACUUACCGAUUUACCCCUUUCUUGUAAUUUUUGAUUAUUAAAUUACUAACAGAGAUUUGAUGAAUUUCUAAGAUUUAAUUUUUGUAUAUAAAUAUAUAUUCUUGGUUUUGGUAGGAAAUAAAACUGUAUAUGUUUCUCUCUCCAUUUAUUGCUCAAGUGAAAUUGGUGGGGCGAUAUUAUCUGAGCCCUGAGGUUGUCGAAACAAAACCGGCUGUUUCGCCCUUAAACCUUUCAUCUUAGAAUGAUGGGGCUUUCUGUUAAAGUUCCCGAGAAUGGAAAUGUAAGCCCCCAGAACGGUAACAUUAGUCCGCGUGCUGUUGCGUGUACAUCGUUAGAUGGAAAUGAAGAAUGUGAUUUGGCAAAGCUUUUGGAUAGACCACGAACUUUGACUAUGGAGAGCCGACAAAGAUCCCUCGACGAAAGGUCUCUUGGUGAUUUUAUGUCUCCAAGGAUAUCAUCUAGGAAUGGAGAUAAUAUUUCCCGGUUGGCGGAUCAUUUGGAGAAUGCUUUUAGCUCUAGUCGUCGGUCUGGUGUCAACACCCCAAGAUCUGGUUUUAGUACUCCUAGGUCACAAGCUGACUUUGAGCCUCACCCUAUAGUCGGGGAAGCUUGGGAAUCAUUAAGGCGUUCUUUGGUUUAUUUUCGUGGUCAACCUGUUGGGACUAUUGCGGCCUUGGAUAAUUCCGAGGAAAAACUCAAUUAUGAUCAGGUGUUUGUUAGGGAUUUUGUUCCAAGUGCAUUAGCCUUUUUGAUGAAUGGGGAACCAGAUAUUGUUAGAAAUUUUCUUUUGAAAACUCUCCGCCUUCAAUCAUGGGAGAAGAAGAUAGACCGAUUUCAACUUGGGGAAGGGGUGAUGCCAGCUAGCUUUAAAGUUUUCCAUGAUCCGGUCAGGAACCAUGAGACGUUGAUUGCUGACUUUGGUGAAAGUGCGAUAGGAAGAGUUGCCCCCAUCGAUUCAGGAUUCUGGUGGAUCAUCUUGCUUCGGGCAUACACUAAAAGUACAGGAGAUUCUACAUUAGCCGAACUGCCUGAAUGCCAGAAGGGAAUGCGCCUCAUUCUCAGCUUGUGCCUUUCCGAGGGUUUUGAUACAUUUCCGACUCUCCUUUGUGCUGAUGGUUGUUGUAUGAUUGAUCGUAGAAUGGGUGUUUAUGGUUAUCCACUCGAAAUUCAAGCUCUUUUCUUCAUGGCUCUUAGGUGUGCUUUAGUUUUGUUAAAACACGAUGAUGAAGGAAAUGAGUUCAUUGAGCGAAUAUCCAAACGUCUCCAUGCUUUAAGCUACCACAUGAGAACUUACUACUGGAUGGACUUCAAGCAGCUUAACGAUAUCUACCGAUACAAAACAGAAGAGUAUUCUCAUACUGCCGUAAACAAAUUCAAUGUGAUGCCAGAUUCGCUUCCAGAAUGGGUCUUUGAUUUUAUGCCAAAUCGUGGUGGCUACUUUAUUGGAAAUGUCAGCCCAGCAAAAAUGGAUAUUCGUUGGUUCUGCUUGGGGAACUGUAUUGCAAUUCUUUCGUCAAUGGCCACAUCGGAACAAUCAACUGCUAUCAUGGAUCUUAUAGAAGCAAGGUGGGAAGAAUUGGUUGGUGAGAUGCCGUUAAAAGUCUGUUAUCCAGCCAUUGAGAGCCAUGAUUGGCGGAUCAUAACAGGAUGUGACCCUAAGAAUACUCGGUGGAGUUAUCACAACGGAGGAUCCUGGCCAGUGCUCUUAUGGCUCCUAACAGCUGCAUGCAUCAAAACCGGACGCCCCCUGAUAGCAAGACGAGCCAUAGACCUAGCAGAGGCAAAGCUAUUGAAAGACAGCUGGCCAGAGUAUUACGAUGGCAAGCACGGCCGAUACAUAGGUAAACAAGCUCGAAAGUAUCAAACAUGGUCCAUUGCUGGUUACCUGGUGGCUAAAAUGAUGCUUGAGGACCCUUCACAUUUGGGUAUGAUCUCUCUGGAGGAAGAUAAACAAAUGAAGCCUGUCAUGAAAAGAUCAGCUUCCUGGAACACCUGAUUCAAUAAUGUCUCUUAUAUUUAGCUUAGGGUGAGUAGAUCCUAGUGCUUGAUUGUAAACCAAAGUUUGUGCCUUUUUACCUUCAAUUUUUGGGGACUAGACUUAUUUACAUUAUCUCGUCUUUGUACAUGCACAUUUGUUAGCGUGUUGGGUGAUUGCCUUCCCCUUGAUAAGUUGCAGAUUAUAAGUAUUCUGCAACCACAUGGUGCACAAUGCACGUUACGCAUUAAAAUGGCAAAAAACAUUAACCGUGACGACUAUGGGUCAUGGGUGUGA